AUGGGGGAGUCACCCGACACCAUGGACGACUAUAUGAGAAUGUCCGAAAGAACCGCAAGAGAGAGUUUGUAUACAUUGUCAAUGGGUGUUGUUGAAACUUUUAGAGACGUGUAUUUGCGAAAACCUUCGUUGCAUGAUUUGCAAGAAUUGUAUGUGGCGCAUAAAGAACGCCAUGGGUUUCCCGGAAUGAUAGGAAGCAUUGAUUGCACACACUGGAAAUGGAAAAAUUGUCCGGUAGCAUGGAAAGGGCAAUACACAAGUGGUCAUCACGGAUCACCUUCGUUGGUGUUAAAGGUUGUGGCUUCUCAAGAUUUAUGGAUUUGGCAUGCAUUUUUUGGGGUUGCAGGUUCCAACAACGACGUCAACGUUCUUGAUCAGUCGCCAAUAUUCGACGAUCUUUUGAAUGUAAAAGUCUCAGAUGCUCCUUUCACGGUAAAUGGAAACGAGUACAAAUAUGAGUAUUACCUUACAGAUGGAAUAUAUCAUCAGUAUUCCACAUUCGUAAAGGCAUUCCGCCACCCGGUAGAAGAACGAGACAAUUUUUUUAAGAGAAGACAAUAA